UAUAAGAGAAAGCAGAAAUGAAAUCUGUUAAAUUUUCAAAAGAAGAUCAAGCAGCGAUCAUGAAAAGCCUUGAUGAGCAAGAUGUAAUCAAUAAGUGAUUAAAUCAAAUAGUUUGAAACCUUUAUCUCCUACUUCAGAAAUACCGAUCUCUUAGUUGAAUGUGAGUACAUGCUAACUCGCUAAAAAUAAAAAUUGGCUCCAACCGAAUGUGCUUAAUUUACAAUUGGCAAGUAGUCUUACUACGUUCAAACUACUGAAAUGAUAAAAAUAAGGAUUCAAAAUGAAUGGGCGGGAUUCGUAAAAGGUCGAAUUUAUUACAAAGCUAAAGAUAUUGAUAAAUACGACCGUGAUUUCUAAAAGCUUGCAGAAUGCACAACUAAAGACCUUUUUCUAACUGACCUUACCAGAUGGUUUCUAUCAACUACAUUUGUUUAAAAAAUAAAAGUCGAUCCAAUCGAUAAGUUUGUUGAAGGGACGAUCGUCCCGGAUGAAGAUCAUUUCUAUACACGUGCAGAAUACAAUACAGAAUUAUAAGAGUUUAACCCUCCUAUAAAUGAAUGGUUAACAUAUUGCAUUUGCAAAAGAUUAUAUGAUCCUAAUGAAGGCUAUAUUCUAUGUGAAUUCUGUAAUAAUUGGGUUCAUUAUACUUGCAGUGGAAAAAGUGACAAAGAACUUAAAAAUAUUUCUAAGAUCAAGUUCAUUUGUCUUACAUGUGUUGAUUAAAACAAGAGGAAAAAAUAAUCCAAUGUUUAAGAAUAUUCAACUCAGGAUGGUGAUUCCACUAAAAUCAGAUCUUUUAAUACUACACAUGGAAAAAAGAAGAAAUGACAUUAAUUUCAC